AUGAGGCCACGUGGUGCAGCCGCGGUGUCCGUGGGGCUGUGGGUCUUGGUGACGGUGAGCGUGGUGGCGGACCCCGGCGGGGCUGAACCCAGGCGCUGCCUCCUCUCGCACUACCGCUGGCUGGACCCCAGGGCGCUGGCGGCGGUCAAGGCGCUGAGGGACCACUACGAGGCGGACACACUGGACUGGAGGCCGCGGAACUGCUCCUUACGCCCAAGGAGGGAUCCCCCACGGCCCUCGUCUUGCGCGCGGCUCCGCCUGGUGGCCCGGGGCCUCUCGGAAGCCCAGGCCGUGCUCAGCAGCCUGCCCAGCCCUGAGCUGUUGCCCGGCGUCGCCCCGACCCUAAAGCUGCUGGCGGCCGCGAGGAAGGACGUGGUGGCCUGCCUCCAGCUGGUGCGGCCAGGUCCCUGGAGGAAGUCCCAGCGGCCACCCAGGAGGCGUCCCCGAAGGCAGAGAGCUAACUCGCCUCGGUGCCACGAAGCCUCCGUCAUCUUCAACCUCCUGCGCCUGCUCACGUGGGACCUGAAGCUGGUGGCUCACUCGGGACCUUGUCUCUGA